AAGGAUUCGUGCCGGAAGUCUUCCUGUUGUUGCUGUUUGUUGCGGCGGUAAUGCUCCAAAACUCUGGUUGACAACCGCCAUGAAACACAAAAGAAGAAGAAGAAUGCCGUCAGUCAGCUGAUCAGAAAUGAAGUUUGCAGUGAAAUGGAUUUGUUGUGACACUGAAGCACAUGCAGAAGCGACAGAAGCAACAGACAGGGAGUCUCUGGCAGCGAGGUCUUACAUGUGCAGGGCCUGUGUUAUCAGGGUUAAAUGUGACUCCUUGUACUGCAGCGUCACAUGAUUUGGACAAUUGGACUGAUCUCUACCAGCUACAGCACAGAUGUCUCUCCAGACGAUGGCUUCACGUCAAACAGCCUGUCUUUUCCUUUCUGGACCAGCACAAGUAAACGUCAGCAUCAUCUAAAUAACAAUAUUUGGCACUGUCUGUUUAACACGUCCUGCCUUCACUACCACAACAUUCCCUUCCAUUUCUCGUCUUUACUUUGUGAGUAUCCUGUAUUCUGUCUGUAAAAAUGGACACCACAGAACCUGUGCCGUCCAGUCUCAACUCCUCUUAUGUUGCGAAUGCUCUUGGCAAACACAAUGUAUCUGAGGAUGAGGAAAGCGACGACCAGAGUCCCUCUGCAAUGCUCCUGCCAAGACGUUCUUCAGUGCCUCUGGCCGUACGCUACAGUCCAGAGGACUCUUACUGUUUGGUGUACAUCAUCUUCUUUCUGAUGGGCAUCGGCUCCCUGCUGCCCUGGAACUUCUUCAUAACAGCCAAACACUACUGGCUCUACAAACUGAGUAACAACACUCAUGGCACCGGCAAUGAUGAGCAACGUUCAGACCUCAGUGACUACUUUGAAAGCUAUCUGGCCAUUGCCUCCACGGUGCCCUCUGUGCUGUGUCUGAUACUCAACUAUGUCCUAGUUAACAGGUUGUCUUCAAACGUACGGAUCCUGUCGUCUCUUUUUGUGAUCCUGUUGGUGUUUGUGGUUACCACGGUGCUGGUGAAGGUGGACAUGUCGGACCGCAGGACGGAGUUCUUCAUUGUCACGCUGGCCAGUGUGGCUGUCGUCAGCGGAGCCUCCAACCUCUUCUCUGGCAGUGUGUUCGGGAUCAGCGGGCAUUUCCCCAUGAGGAUUUCUCAGGCUCUUAUAUCAGGCCAGGCUAUGGGAGGCACGCUGAGUGCAGUAGCAUCAAUUGUGGACCUGGCUGUGGCAAAGGAAGUGACAGAAAGCGCUCUGGCCUAUUUCUUGACAGCCGACGUCUUCAUCCUGCUCUGCCUCAUCUCAUAUCUGCUGCUGCCCAAGCUGGCAUAUUCCAGACACUACAUGCUUGCAGCAACGUGCACCAGUUCUGGAGUGAUGAGCGAGGAGGGAGCAGCAGCAGCGGGCACAGGGAAAACCGUCUCCAUCCCACCCCUGCAGCCUAUCAUCAGGAAGACGUGGGUGCUCGGCCUAAGCGUCUUCUACGUCUUCUGCAUCUCUAUCAUGGUGUUCCCUGCAGUAUCCUCUGGGAUCCAGUCUAUCAACAAAGACAGCGGCAGCCCCUGGACGACCACUUACUUUGUACCCCUCACCAGUUUCCUCCUGUACAACGUAGCAGACUUCUGCGGCAGGCAGGCCACAGCCUGGCUGCAGGUUCCAGGUCCCACCAGCCGAGUCCUGCCUGCACUGGUGCUGUGUCGCUCCGUCAUUGUGCCACUUUUCAUGUUUUGCAACUACCAGCCGAGGGACCACAUCCACACUGUGUUGUUCAACCAUGACUUAUACCCUGUGGUCUUUAACUGCCUGCUAGGCCUAACUAAUGGCUACUUAGGCACUCUGCCAAUGAUUUAUGGCCCUAAGGUGGUACCUCGAGAGCUGGCAGAGGCCACAGGAGUGGUCAUGUCCUUCUUCCUCACUCUGGGACUGGCUAUGGGAUCUGCUUUCUCUGUGCUUAUUGUGCACUGCAUCUGACCAGAACAGGGGUGUUGUUCUGCUAUAUAGCAGACAGAAGCUGGACAGUGAAUUCUAACGAAUACCAGAGCUUCCCAACACUGUGACGCUAAGUGCACCAGUAAAGCCAUGAGGGAAAAGUGCAGAU